ACGUUAGGAAUCGAAAAUCGAAAGAAGCUUGAGAUGGCGCAGGUUCUGUACCUUGGUCUGCCUUUUCCUGCAGCUGCUUCUUCUUCUUCUUCAUCUUCCAAACCAUUGAAGCUUCCCCAUAGAACCCGCAGCACCAACACAUCCAUUCCCACCACUACCAAAGGUUACCUUUCAGGUACUGCCAAAACCCAGAAGCUGAAUUCAGAGGUUUCUCCUCAUAGAGCUGUGUCAGCGGUGAGAUUGAUGCGGAUUGAGCUCGGUGGUGCUUUUGCUGAUCUUCUCAACGAGAAAGGGAAAGGUUCGGGUGAAAACGAAAUGAGAUAUGUUCAAAGAACGCUUGGAUUUCGCACCCGGGAAUUAAAUCAUCACGAUCUUAGAUUGGUCACAGACAUUGUUGGGGGCACAAUUCGUUGGAGAAGAUAUCUUGAUCAUCUGAUUAGUUCAGUGUUUCAUGAUAAGGAUAUAUCUAGCAUAGAACCUCUUCUACUACAGAUUCUACGAAUUGGCUUCUAUGAGAUUGUCAAAUUAGAUAUGCCACCUUAUGCUGUUGUAGAUGAGAACGUGAGGCUUGCCAAAGUUGCUCUCAGACCUGGUGCUGGCAACAUGGUCAAUGGAAUCCUCCGAAAGCUAGUUGUGCUUAAGGAAAAUGAAACUCUUCCUUUGCCCAAAGUGGAGGGUGAUGAUCGUGCUCAAGCACGUGCUCUGGCAACUCUGUACUCACAUCCAGUUUGGAUGGUAAGGAGAUGGACGAAGUAUCUUGGACAGGAAGAAGCGAUUAAAUUCAUGAUAUGGAACAACAGUGAACCCAGUUUCAGCUUAAGAGCAAACUGUGCAAGAGGUUUUUCAAGAGAUGACCUUGUGACACAGCUAAAUGAAUUGAAGGUUCCACACAAGCUUUCAUUGCAUUUGGAUGAAUUUGUUCGCAUCAAAACUGGGUUGCAGCUUGUCAUUCAUGCUGGCCUACUCAGAAAGGGUUUAUGUUCAGUUCAGGAUGAAAGUGCAGGUCUGGUAGUUUCUGUUGUGGAUCCUCAGCCUGGUGAAACCAUCAUUGAUUGCUGUGCCGCUCCUGGUGGAAAGACCCUCUAUAUGGCUUCUCAUUUAAGUGGCCAAGGAAUGAUAUUUGCAGUUGAUGUAAAUAGUGGUAGGUUGAGAAUUCUUAAAGAGGCAGCAAAGUUGCAUCAGUUAGAUGGGGUCAUUACCACCGUCAAUGCUGAUCUUCGUACAUUAACUGACAGUGGACCCCUUAAGAGUAACAAAGUUUUGUUGGACGUUCCAUGUUCUGGGCUUGGUGUUCUUUCCAAGAGAGCGGACUUGCGUUGGAACAGGAAGCUGGAAGAUAUGGAACAACUGAAGAAAUUACAGGAUGAACUCCUGGAUGCAGCAUCCAAAUUGGUAAAACCUGGGGGAAUAUUAGUUUACAGUACCUGCUCCAUAGAUCCUGAAGAGAAUGAUGAGAGGGUAGCUGCAUUUCUUGUCAGACAUCCAGAUUUUCACAUUGAUCCUGUAGACAGAUAUGUUCCACCUGAUUUUGUGACACACAAUGGUUUCUAUUUCUCCAACCCAGUAAAACAUUCGCUGGAUGGCUCCUUUGCAGCUCGUUUAGUACGAGCUUUAUAAAAUGAAUUUUGGGGUAGCAAUCCUUGGUGGUUCUAUCCCCCCAAUUGGAUGAAUGAUGAACAAAGAGGCUGCUUACAAGUUGUGGCUGUGCUGGUCUUUCUCUCUUCCAUUCUUGCUAACAACAUCUUGUGCUUUGAGAUCAAGCAUUAACCUUCAGUGGGAUACUUCAAUUCCGGAACAGACAUUCUGAUUUCUUUCCCUUGAAAAGGUUUUUGCAUGAAAUUGUUAGCAAGUUCUCUUUCAUCAGGCACUUUGAGAACGUUUAUAUAUGAGUUUUCCUGCAAGUUCUCUUUCAUCAGGCACCUUGGGCGGAUGAUGAUGAUCCUUAAAACAAGAACAGAUGUCAGAGGGUUAAAGUUUUGAAUGGAAAGUCCAAGCUUCAAAGUUUUCUCCAAAUUUAUAUACAUUUUCAAUUCAAGCAUAAUAUUUAUCUGAACAGGAACCUGUGGGGGCAUUCACUAUAAUACAUAUGCCUCUGCAGCUUCAAGAAAUUCCUUGAAGUGUAAUGUUCAGUAGUUGUUAACAAGAAACUAUGUUUUAUGCUAUUUUCUUUCCAUAGUCACAUGGUCGAAACUGGCGGAACUAUUCUAAU